AUGUCGUUGUCAAGUCUAGCUAACUACUGUGCCCACUUGAAAAACUGCACAAACGUCAACAUUGGAUUCACCUCCGUUCCUUUGUCCAGAUUGCAUUUGGAGAUCUCACGAAACUUAUAUAAGGAAGGCUUCCUUUCGUCGAUACAAAGAGGCUCCACCGUUGGUCCUGACCAGAAACCUGUUGAAGUUACUCCAGACAAUAUUGCCACUCGCCGUUUAUGGUUGGGCUUGAAAUACAGAGAUAACCUUCCUGUUAUCAGAGACCUUUCGUUGGUCUCGAAGCCAGGCAGAAAAGUCAACUUGAGUCUGACAGAAGUCAAGGCUUUGGCUUCGGGAUUCCCUGUUAGAUUUAUCAAACCACUCCAGCCUGCUGAGUGUAUGUUCCUUCGGACUCCUGAAAGAGAAGUGGUGGAGAUCCAGGAAGCUGCUAAAAGAGACUUGCAUGGCUUGGCCUUGUGCAGAGUCAAGUAA